AUGCCAGUUCCUACAGGUAGAGGGGUUGGUAGUAUAACGUUUGGAAGUGGUCGUCUAACUUUUGGGAAUGGAGGCUCAACAAGUACAAAUAAUGGUGCCCCUUCUAAGCCUCCAAGUCGAUUUAUCUAUACCAAAGGCACAGAAAUAAAAGGAUUAGAUGGGUUGAGUACGACUAGGCCGAAGGAAGAGACGUCACUCGGGAUUACAAAGGAGACUUUACCUAAAGUCCUUGAAGCAUUUGAAGAAUAUUUAUACGAAGGCAGCCAACAGGUAAUGGGACCUUACAUCUUUCUCGCCGCCGAUGGUGCCUUCCGUGUCCUAAACGACCUCAGCGUAACCACAACAGAGAUAAAUAUCUGGUCAAUGUCUAACUUAGACUGCCAAACCGCGAAUAACGCUGGUAAAAUAUUCUCCCAAACCACUAUGGGGAGGUCCUACAACCUCAAUUUCGACUUCUUCAACAGUGCGCUAAGCUCCAACAUGGCCUACUACGACGGUUUAAAACUCUUCGAAGCAUACGCAAAGAACCCAGAGAUCCUACCAAUGUGGCAAAGUGAGAAGAAGUGGCUUACAUUAUACUCGUUACCGAUUGAAUGGCAGAUUCAGACAAAACUGGUGAAAAUGUCGAUAUGGUAUAAAGCCGGGCUGACGUAUGAUGAGAAGUACUUGAAGGAUUUGCAGCAUGUUCUGAGUUUGAUGUGGAAGAUGUCAGAUAUGGGGAAAGAUAAGAUGGAUAUAUCUGGGGUGGAAGGGUGGUUGUUGGAGUAUCAGGUUCCUGGGAAUAAAUUUGGGUACACUAAAGGGCUAUUGGAAACUAUUAAUACGAAGUUUGCAAAGUAUGUGAAGAAUGGAGGGAAGUAUAUCCCAUAG